AUGGCCUUCCAAGAAUCGUUCAGCACCCGUCUUUCUGGUGAAAUAGACUCAGAUCAUAUUGACCAGAUCCUCAACUUUGUCUUAUUUGACCAACAUGAACCAGCAAUCGCUUGUACCCAGUCGCUACGAAACAAUGCUAUCAGUGCUGCAGGGGACACAUCACGCCUGGUAUACAUGACGGACGUGAGGCUGCUUGAGCUGGCCAAGAGCGAUGUUCUCUUCCAGAAAUACAGUGCUGUGACCUCUCGUCUCGACCUCAAAGUGAUCGUCAUGUCGGACACUGCGAAUGUCAGCAAGUUCCUUGGAUACUUUGAGCGAGGAGUCCACUUCGCGAUACCCUCGGACAGUUUUCAAGUUGACAUCCGCUGGCUUCUCGAUCCCGAUCCCAACUUCUUAGAGCUAGCCGUACACACCGCGAAGCAUAUUCAUGAAACUACUGGAGAUGGAGAUAUCCUCAUAUCUCUGACAGACUCCGGGUUAGCAAUUGACACCCGAUUCAAUCCCCGCGCUGGCAUUGAGAUUCAGUCUAUGGCACCCAUAUCACAAGCCGAAGCUCGCUAUCGAGCUAGACAGGCCGGGAGAUCUGGUGUAUGCUAUCGCCUCUACACCAAGAGUGACUUUGACGAGGUCCUUCUUCCUACUGUCCUGCCCCCAAUUCUUGUCAGCGACCUCUCGGAGCUUGUCCUACAAUUAAAGGUCAUAGGUAUCAACGAUGUGGCCAAUUUUGACUUUGUUGAUAAGCCUCAUCCAGAGGUAUUCCUCCGUGCUCUUGAGGAUCUACAUGCCAUGGGCUACCUCACAGAUGUUGGAGUCAUCACCGAAAGGGGUCAUAAAGCUGCAAGGCUUCCAGUACAUCCACUCUGGUACAAUGCAUUGGAAAGGGCACACGAACUCGGUUGCAGCGACGAAAUCAUAACCAUUGCUGCCACAAAAAGCGUUCGCAACUACAUCUUGACUCGACCCUCUGCUACCAGACAAGCAGCAGACCUGGCACACCAACAAUUCUCCUGCCCCAUGUCUGACCACAUCACAGGGCUCAAUGCUUUUCACGCCUAUCUCGACACAGAAGCCUCGUCUGACCACUCCGAUGCGCUGCAGUCGUGA